UGAAACGUAGAACGCAUUGCACAUCAAAUUUGCAACCUUCUGAAUAAACCUGACAUAGUGAACCAAGCAGGGCAAGAACACAAACCCUUACAAUCGAAAUUUGUGUUGCAGAAAAGCCAUGACGGGGGAAGAGACUACCGGGAAGAAGAGGGUGGUGACAGAAUCCCUGGGAUGGCUAACGGAAUCGUCGAUAAUGCCAAAGAAGCACCGAGCCAUAGCGGGCGUUGGCGCAUCCUCAAUUCUCGAAUUGAAGGCCGAACUGUACAAGUCUCAGGAAGAUUCCAAAAAGUCUCGCGAAUUGGCAGGCCCCGAUGCCGAGUACCAACGCGCCAAGAACAAAAUCGCCCCCAAAGACAAAUUCUCCGUCAAAAACCGCGGCGUCGAUGCCCGGGCUCACAAGGACAAGCUUGAGUUGAAGGCGGUGAGUGAUGGAACGGCGAGCUAUGUGGCGCUCGAGAGGAAGGCUGAGUUGUAUGAUAAGUUGGUGAAGGGAGAUUUGUCUGAUGAGGAGGAUCAAGAGAAGUAUUGUGUGGACUUUUUCCGUAAGGGAAUUGAGCACGAUGAGUUGCCACCGCUCCUGCAGCCACUGAGCCAUAAUGUGUUGGUGGAAAAUGAAGAUGGUGCUGUUAAUGAUGAUGAUUCUUUGAUGUUUAAAUUGAAGACUAUUGGGCCUGGGCGAAAGGCUGGAGCUGUUGACAAUGCUGAUUAUAAGCGCAAUAUUAGGGAAGUUCAUGAAGAAGUUAAUCGAGCAAGAGAGAAGGCUUCUGAAAUUAAACUUCGAAGGCAGGAGCAGGUGGCUGCUCAUCGCGAGAAACUUAGACAAGCAUAUCUUCGAAAGAAGCUGGAGCAACUGAAAGCCACAUCUAUUGUAUCUGGAUCUGAAAAUAAACAAACAUGAUCACUGCACCAGUGUUGUGCAUAACUUAAUGUUGGUGAAACCAAGACUUCAUUAAAGAAAGGCACGAGGAGUUAAAAGCUGCCAAGAAAAAAACUGCAUCAUUAUUCUCUAAUGCUGUGUUGGGGGAGGAGAGAAAUAGAGAGGUUGUGUGGGUCUCACAUCUCCUACAAUAUGCUUCAGUUCAAAUAUAUCUCUUAUAUUUCUAUCCUCUGAACCAAACACAACUGCCUUAAAAGAUGAAGGGAAAAAAGAUGGAGGAAUUCUUUUUCUUUUUGCUGUUGUAAAUAAUGUAACAUGACCAUUGUUGAUUACAUGAAAUAUUGAUUUGAGCUUUGGAAAAAAAGUUGUUGGCAUAAAAAUAUGAACAGGGCAUAGAAACAAUUACUUGUUGGCUAGUCUUGUGUCUCUCAUUGAGGCACUGUAUUCCCUUUCUCUUUCCAUAGCCUUGAGAUUGAGCUAUGAGCUACAACGUCCACAGGAAAAAAAUAAAAUAACAUGUUCCCGAUA